AUGAAAGAGACAGACACUGCAGAGACCAAGGCACUUACCGAAUGGGCAGUUGGGUAUGUAGGUGGCAUCCUGAGUGAUGAAGCAGAUGCCAUUUCGAAGGACACUUGCCUGAGGAUAAAUCCAUGGACCAUCAGUGAGAACUCGCUCCUAAGCUUCAGCUAUGAUGAUCUCUCUCGCAAAAUUGCAGAAUUAGCGCCUACAAUCACAGAGUGUCUUCGGCAGAUUGUGACCACCAGCCGGCAAUUAGACCCUAAACGUGGUGUUACAGAGAGAUCGUUUGAGCACAAAGAGUUUUUAAUCUUACACACGGUCAUAACUCUAUUGGGCGAGCGUAGCAAUCGCAACAUCGUGACUCGACACGUACUUGGCCUCUAUUUGUAUGCUGGUGGAGCUUCCCGCCAACUGUUCAGCAUUUUAAACCGACUGGGACAGUCAGUGAGCUACGUGACAGUCGCAGGAAGAGGAAUGAAGGGGACACGCACUGAACCUGAGGAUCAAGAUGACACCACAUUGGGAGCACCAGCGGGUGAUGCAAACACAGCAAAGAAGGCUCGUCGACACCCAGGGACGAUAGAAAUACUCUCCCAUUCAAUGAUGGAAAAGGUGCGGGCAAUAGCGGGAACCCUUCUGUUCUUAAUUGUGUAUGACAACAUCAAUAUGAUGUGGCGAGCAGCUGAGCAAGCGAUUGGGCGAAAAGACUCUCAGCAGAACGGUACCUGUGCAACAUUGAUUCCCCUACAUGCUGCCUCAAAGGAAGACCUUGACACUUCCGAGCUCAUUGCGAAGGCCGACACUGCACCAGACCUGAGAAUUGAUGACCUUGUUCUCACACCCCAGGAAAGCCAGGAUUUCUACAAGUCUUUAGUCCACUGUGUCAUGCGCAUCACCACUCGCUAUGGCGGCUCGGAGUUGCAGAAACUCCAUACGGAGGUUAUGUCAUGCAUGCCCUCCUCAGACUAUACCAUUGAUAUUCACAAGACCAAUGUCCACCCUCUUGCAGCAAUGAACAUUGACGAGUCGUCGACAGUCGGAAACGCGAACGUGAUCAGAUCUAUUAUCGAACAACUUGGCCUUACUAUGGACAACCCAGAGUUUGCUCACACAGCCAAGCUUGUUGUUGGCGACCAGCUCUCGCUAGCGCGCGACAGAGUGAUUGAAGCCACUCUGGCAGGUAACGAGGGUGGUGCGCGCGCACUACGAUGGGCAAUCUGGGUGCCGGGUUUAUUUCACUACAAGAUGGCCGCAACUCAGGGGAUAAUGCUCACGCACCUUGGACUCUCUAACCAUGAUCUAUCUAACCCUGCCUCACUACUCGCUCAUAACUCUGUCCUCCGCCGCAAACACAUCCUUGCCUCAGCACUGCCACCUUUCCGAACAUGUCGGGACCUGAUCUUUGUGUCUCUAUAUGCCUGUGUUCUCCAUUGCCUUCUACUUGUAUCCAAGAAACGCUCCCUCAAGGAUCUCGCAGACGGUCUCACUGUGGGCAAGCUUCGAAAGUAUGCUGAAGAAGUUGUGUCCAAAUAUGCCGACAACCGAGAGGUUGAAGAACUCCGGAUGGCGCGUGAAGACCCAAGUGUAGCUGGUCGUGGGGACAUGGUAUACGAGAACGCAAAGCUAUUCUUGCGUGAUGCAUUGAUACUACGUGAUUUUACUGAUGCUGUUAAAAUUGGACACUCAGGGCGUGUUGUUCGUGUGCUCAAGGUAUGGGCUCUGAGCUAUCGUGGCGCUGGGCGCAGCAAAUAUGCAUACGAAACACUCAAUUUGAUCCAUCACCUUCAAAAUGUCUGGCCUGAGCGCCUUAAGUGUGUCGUACUCAACAACUGGCUGGCGAAUCCGACUGGAAAGCCAAACGCGUUUGUGGAAGUGGACUUGGUGCAGGAGCAUCUGAAUUUUUGGAUCAAGAACUAUUACCAGGCCCACGGGUCGAACGCGUCAUGGGAAUGGCUCGCUGUUGUCUCCCCAUGCGUUGAUGCGCUCCGAAAACUCGCCACCAAGAUCCAUGCAGCCUUGGGCGCCAAACAAGGCACCGCACAUGCCGCUGCUGACCUCUCUUACGACAUCCAAACUCUCCUCGACUGGCUCGAACGUCACGAGGUUUAUACCAUGCAAGACGGCCGCACACUCGAUGAAGAUGACUCACCCGUUGUCGACGUCAUUACGACUGGACUAGAGGCCAUGGAUUUUGGUCUCUCCACUCCUCUUCGCGACUACAACGAGCACCAGCGUCGCCUCAAAGAGAGACGCCGAAUGGUGCCUCUCACAGGCCCGGAAGCUGCCAGUGAGCCGGAAUCUGAGCAGCAGGGUGAAUCACCUCUGCUCAACUCGCCAGCGAUGGUACACGCAGCUGUGCAAGGGAAUGUGGACCUGGAUGUCGCCAGCUCAGACGGAGACGCUGCCAUUGAGUCAGAUUUAGACUCAGAGGAUGGAAGCAUGGCCCCUGGUGUUGGUGUGUCACUGCUCACAAACCCACGAAGUGUACUAGGAAUCAUUACUAAUUAUACUGUAGACGAGGAAGAACUGCCUCUCGAAGGCAUAGAAGAUGUCGACUACGACAUGGACGGUGACUUUGCCGAUGAGGAUGCCACUCAACUUGACGAGCUCGACGAAACGUUGCUGGCCGAGUUGGGGCCAGAAAUCAACCUGGAAAGCCUGGCGUUUUGA